GCUGACAUUGACAAAAGAAAAGAAAGGGAAACUUCUCACUUUUGGAGGAACAAAACCCUAAAAGCUCUGCAAUUUUCGAUUGGAUUUAUUGACUUUUUACAAUCAAAUCAGAUUGUAUACAUGGACUCGUCCUCCAAAAGUGGAGAAAAGAACUAUGAGAGACCAGAAAUCAGAGAUCAAGAAUAGGAGGAAAUUGAGGAUCUGGUAUGUUCCACCUUUUGACUAUGCGAAUCUUUUGAAUAAUGUUUUUGGGUGGUUAAAGAAUGUAGAUGUAGUAAGUGAGGUUGGUGGAUGUUGGAGCGAUGAAGAAGAAGAAAAUGAAAUAUUUAACGGUGGAGUUGCUAGUGGGGUCCACAAUGAAGUUGGAAUUGAAGACUUCAAUAUUAUCACUAUGGACAGUGGUAUGAUAGAAGAUGUCCCUGAAUUGUCUGACAAUGAAGAUGAGGAAACCAUUGAAGUUAGGAAAAUUUUGAGAAACUUCAUAGCUUCUCAAGGAAAACCGAGAAUUGAGAAUGAGCAAUCAAAAGAUAUUGUGGAAGUGGAAUCUUCUAAUAUUGAUAUUGGUGCAGGACAUAAUGAUGCAGUAGUAGAAAUUAAUGAUGGAGCAAUCCAAUCUAAUGAUGAUGUAAGCUAUAUUACAACAGGUGAUAAGGAUGAUGGUGAGGCUGAACAUGGUAGAAGAAGAAAGGCUAUACAUUCGUUGUUCAAGGAAAAUGAAGAUUGGCCUAUGAUAGGUGUUGUGAACAAGAGGUUUACUUCACGGCAUGCAACUAAGCAUUUAGUUAAUACUAGAGGAGCAAACUCUUUGUAUGUGAAUUAUGAUAGCAUUUUUCAAGCCAUUUGGAAUGAGAAGAAUAUUGAGAUAACUUUCGUGCAAUGUAAGAAGAUGAAGCAACAGCUGAAAAGGACUUUUGAAGGCACUUCCAAGGCUGAAUAUGCCAUGCUUUUCGACUAUGCUACUGAACUAAGGUCAAAAGAUCCAAAAGCAAAUAUUGUUCUCCAUACGCAUAGACCCACAACAGAUGCUAUCAUUGGUGUUGAUGGUGCCUAUCUUAAAGGCGCUCACAAAGGAGAAUUGUUGACAGUAGUGGGAAGAGAUGCAAACAAUCAAAUGUUCCCGAUAGCAUGGGCAGUGGUUGAGGCCCCUCAAAAUGUAAAUGGCAAUGAGGGACAAGUUCUUGUGACUGAAGCAUCAAAUCCACUAGCUACCACUGAAGAACAACAACUCACCCUUGUCCAACAACUUACUCCUGUCCAGCAACUUGCUCUUGUCCAGCAACCCAGCAAAAGAGUCAAGCUCCCUAUUAAAAGGUCUUCAUCUUCAAAAGUUGCUCAAACCCCUCCUCUUGAUGGUACAUUAUCAAGUGAAGCAACUCUUGUCCCAAGGGAAGCAACUCUUGUCCCAAGGGAAGCAACUCUUGUCCCAAGGGAAGGGGAUAUUUAAACUCAUAUCAAGCAUCCCAAAAAAAUGCCAAGACACCAGCAAAAAGGCAAAAGCAAAAGGUAAUUUAUUAUUAAUUUAGUAUUGUUGCACUAUUUUUUGAAAAGAUGCAGUACUUAGUCUUUAAUUUGUUUGUUUCUUGAAAUUCCAGGCAGAGUUUUCUGCUUCUUACGCCAACAUGCAUUUUCAUUAAAGUCAUGCACUUGAUUCACUUGAUUUUGUAAUUGUUUUCUGCUUCUUAUGCCAACAUGCUUGCUUCUUUAUUUAUGUCCAUGUGGGAUGAAAAACCUUUUUCAAUUAUGUUCUCUUGGAUUUUUGCUUUCAAACUAUCCAUGAACCACUUGGAAGCUACAUAAUUUGCUUUAAGCAAUUCUCCCCACUAUAGAUGUUUCUUGUCUUUUGUAGUUUCCAUUAUAACUCUCUUCUAUUGAUCUGUUCUUAUCUCUUUAAUGCGUAGAUGGGAUGACAGAUUUAGAGCAAAGUGAAAGUAGUAGUGUUGUGUUCUUUUAGAUUAAGACUAAAUCAUGCGCUUCAUGUAGAAGUUUUCUUCUUUUAGUUUUUGCUAGAUACUAUACA